AAAUACCAAUUGAAAUUGCAACAAGAAUGGCGUCUUAUCGAAGCCGAGAAACGUGACUUACGAGCUCAGAAGGAUCAAUUGGAAACGGCGAAGUCGAAUUUCUCAAUAAAGAUGCAACAUGAAGAGAUGUGUCUGAAACGUGAUCAGACUGCAUUGACACGUAUGAAUGAGACGUUGUUGGAGCGUAAAAGGAAACUGGAUGAGGCAGUGAGGGAAAAGGCGAUUAGCAAAGCGGGACAAAUACAGGAGAAUUGGUUGAAUGAAAUGGUGAAUGAAUGGAAUGAAAAAGAGGCGAAACUAUCUCAAAAAUGCAGUCAACUCGCGGAACGCGUGCAACAAAUGAGUGAACUUCCGAACAAGAUUCGACAGCAGGAUGAGAUCAUUCAGCGUUUGAAGGUGUUUUGGUUGUUUUUGUUAUUAUUAUUAUUGAUUUGGCAGUAA